AUGUCUACUGGUGAUAUUGCGCCUGAUGCUCCCGGUCCAUCCGGGGAGCACAGUCCCGCGAUCCGCGACGCCGAGUCGGGAAGUUCAUAUGCUAGGAGUACUGAUUCCUCUACCCCGGGAUGCGACGACUAUUACGAUUGCCCUACACAUAGAUUUCCGAGGAAUGCAUUGACAGAUGCCGAUUCCAAUGCUGCGGAGGCUAGCACAAGCAACGAAGCUCUUCCAUCUGAAAACUCGACAUCGCAAGUUAAUGGUAUAGCGGAGGAUUCAGCCAGCGUGGAACACCCAGAUACUGAACCAAGCGGAGAAGGUAUAACAACUCCCGGCCAAGUUCCGGCUUUAGACACGGAAUUAUCGAGCAUCAGCGGUUCUUCACGGGAACAAGCAGGUUCAGAGCGAGGACGAAUGCCAGCACGGGGCAUGAGAGAAACUUCUGCAGCACAAGAAGCGGGUAUCACUCUCAGGGAGGCUCUGCAUCAAACAGCCGGAUCACUCAGUGGACUAUCUAUAGCGGAUGAGAGUACAUCUCGUUCUACGCCCGAUGGGAGAUCGCCGCUUCUGGGUGAUACAAGUCGAAACGGUAUAGCUUCAACCUCAGAUACGUCUGAGACUCAGCGACCUACCUCAAGAUUGAAUCCGAUAGCGCCAUCAUUUUCUCCGAGGAGGUCUCCGCCGGAAGUCGCCCUUCCACGAUGGCAGCCGGAUAGUGAAGUGACCUACUGUCCGAUAUGUCGUACACAGUUCAGCUUUUUUGUUAGGAAGCAUCAUUGCCGGAAAUGCGGUAGGGUCGUAUGCAACUCUUGUUCCCCGCAUAAGAUCACGAUACCCCAUCAAUAUAUUGUACGACCACCUGGAGAACGAGGCUUCCAUCGGUAUUCAUUCCUUGGAGACGAAGGUAGCAUUGCCGAUUUCAGUGUUUUGGGAGGCGGCGAGCAGGUUCGACUUUGUAACCCAUGUGUCCCGGACCCCAAUACAACACCGCCGCAAACUCAGAACUCUGCAGGACAAUUCUCUCCAAGGUCACCACUUCCACAUCAGCGGUCUCAAAGCAGUUCUAGUGGUAAUUAUAAUUAUAAUGGUAAUCACAAUAGCGACAACAAUAUGAAUCGUUACUCACAAUACAUGGUACCGCCAAAUAUGUCACCUGACACUUAUUCUAGGAGUCGAAGUGUUACGAUGCAUUCUGGCCCAGGUCCCUCGAGAGCUUCGAGUAGUAAUUACUAUCCUCCUCAGAGCCGAGUCAUCAGCGGGACUCCACCAACAUAUUAUCCACACCCAUACUCUACAUAUCGUCACUCCUCCUUCCUAGGUCAUCGUUUCCCUGGUGCUUCGCUAGCUGAUCUAGCCGAUAUGGCCGGUCUUGGUGGCCCGUCAUCUUCCUCGGCGGCGACAAUGAAUCGCCCGUUGCCACCUCCGCCACAAAUUCCCGAGGAAGACGAGUGUCCGAUUUGUCACCGAGAGCUGCCUUCAAGAGAACUGCCCAACUUUGAGGCUCGUCGAGAAUCGCACAUCGAGUCGUGUAUUGUAGCCCAUAGCGCAUACAGCCCGGGCUCAAGAUCAGGGUCGGGACCUGGAUCGGUCGGAUCUGGUAUUCAAGGCAGCCAUGGGGUACCGCCUCUUACUGCUCGCAGAACCGGUAUGUUCCCGUACUUAGCGACGGAAAAGGAUUGCGUCGAUUCCGCGGAAUGCACCAUAUGUCUUGAGGAAUUUGAGGUUGGCGUUCCUAUGGCCCGCUUGGAGUGCCUAUGCCGUUUCCACCGAUCCUGCAUCACGGCAUGGUUUGUCGACCAUCCAGGGCGGUGCCCGGUUCAUCAACAUGACAGUUUCGGUUAUUAA